AUGUAUCAGCACGGAGAACUGCCACCGGUAAAAGGAGAUCGCUCCCGCUACAAAAGGAGGUCGUCGCGAUCCCUAGCAUCGGAAGAUACGUCCGACGACGCCUCGGACCGCCCCGACGAUCAAUCAAGACAGCAAGUCAACAUGAUAAUAGGAUGCGGCGUGACUGGAUACCCCCACCUCGAUCCACUCGUGGUUAGCCUACACAUCCACGACUCCAACGUAGGAAGAAUCUUGAUCGAUACCGGAAGCUCGGUGAACCUGUUCUUCAAAGAGACCUUAGACCGCAUGGGAAUCGGCGAAGAUCAAAUCAAGCAGUCACUCUACCCGCUUACCGGAUUCACCGCCGAACACAUCUUCAGUCAAGGCACGAUCCACCUACCCAUCCACGUCGGGGAAACAACCAAGACGGCCAAAUUCUUCAUCAUUGAUAGACCAGCAAUUUACAACGCCAUCUUGGGCACACCAUGGCUUCACGAAAUGAAAGCUAUCGUCUCAACCUUCCACCAAUGCGUAAAAUUUCCAACGCAAUUAGGAAUUUACACUCUGAGAGGAAACCAAAAGAUAGCAAGAUCGUGUUUCCUCCAUGAACAUCGGCUUCGCGUUGCAGCAGUCUGCACCGCAAACGAGGAAAUGGAUCCACGUCUACCAUACCACCAAAGGCCCAAACUGGUCCUCGUCGACGAAGUCAAUAUCGACGAAGCGCACCCGGAGAGACGCGUCGGCAUCGGCGGCGACCUCGAUCCCGAGAUCAGAGAGCAACUGAUCACACUGUUCAAACUGAACGUUCACCUUUUCGCAUGGUCAAUGGCAGACAUGAAGGGGAUCAACCCAGCGAACACGUACCACGAGUUAAACAUGGACCCCACCUAUAAACCCAUGAGGCCUAAAAGGCGCAAGCUCGGCACAGACAAAGCCCAAGCAGUUAACGAAGAAGUGGAGAAGCUACUCAGAGCCGUAUCGAUCAUCGAGGUAAAGUAUCCCGAGUGGCUAGCAAACCCAGUCGUCGUCAAAAAGAAGAACGGGAAGUGGAAAGUGUGCGUCGACUUCACAGAUCUGAAUAAAGCAUGCCCAAAAGAUAGUUUUCCCCUACCGCAUAUCGAUCGUCUCGUCAAAGCCACAACAGGGAAUGAACUGCUAUCUUUUAUGGAUGCCUUCUCAGGGUAUAAUCAGAUCUUCAUGCACCCCGACGAUCGCGAAAAGACGGCAUUCAUCACUGAUCGUGGCACAUACUACUACAAAGUAAUGCCCUUCGGCCUGAAGAACGCCGGCGCUACCUACCAACGGUUAGUGAACAAAAUGUUCGCGGACCAACUCGGCAACAACAUGAAAGUCUACAUCGACGACAUGCUGGUAAAAUCCGCUAAGGCCCACGAUCACGUCAAACACCUUGACGAAUGUUUUCAAAUCUUGGAGAAAUACGGAAUGAAGCUAAAUCCAGCGAAAUGCACCUUCGCCGUCACCUCCGGAGAAAUCCUCGGUUACAUUAUCACUCAACGCGGAAUUGAAGCAAACCCAAAGCAGAGCUCGGCGAUCCUCGACCUCCCCUCACCAACUUCCUCCAAAGAGAUCCAAAGACUCACCGGACGUAUCGCUGCACUAAACAGGCAACUGAAGAAGUACCUCACAACCCCACCAAUUCUUGCGAAGCCUGAAGAGGGAGAAACCCUAUUCCUAUACAUCGCCAUAUCUAGCACGACAGUUAGCUGGGUCCGCGUCCGCAAAGACCGAGAAGAGCGAAGGCCAGUCUUCUACGUCAGCAAGACCCUCAGCGAUGCCGAGACGCGGUAUCCAACCUUGGAAAAGCUGGCACUAGCUCAAGGAGCAGGCGUCGGCAUCCGCCUCGUCUCUCCCACCGGUGAAGUCCUCGAACAAUCACUCAAGCUCGGCUUCCCAACAUCCAACAACGAAGUUGAAUAUGAAGCAAUCAUUGCCGGCCUUCGUCUCGCCAAGGAAGUCGAAGCUGAACAUGUGCACGCAUUAUGUGAUUCCCAGCUCGUCACCAAGCAGUUUAGCGGCGACUACGAUGCGAAAGACGAUCACAUGGAUGCGUAUCUCAAGCAAACGCAGGAACUCGCCCACACAUUCAAAACGUUCGUGCUGACAAAGAUCCCUCGCUCUGAGAACUCCGAGGCCGACGCACUUGCCGCCUUAGCAUCCAAAACUGAAUCAGCGCUACGAUGA